UAAACCCAGCAGCGUGUGAUCGCCUUCACCGUUGUCUUGUGUGUGUCGCAAUCCUAGAUCGGGGACGCGCGCCCCCUUUUUUCCUCGGAGCGCGUUCCCUCCCGCAAGCGCGCUCCCGACAGCACUAGUGGGGACACGUGCACUGGCGAAGGACGGGGUGCGCGCGUCCGCGGUGCGCCGUCCUCGCAUCCCUACAACCCCAAGUGCGUGUAUGUGUGUUUCUCCGAGUCGGCGGCAGAGCGGCGGAGGGACGCGGUGGGAAGAUGGAGGUGUGCGCGCGGCUGCUCCAGCUGGCCGCGGUCUCGAGCCUCCUGAGCGCGAGCGCCGUGCGGGCGAAGUACGUCAGAGGGACCGUGAACACCAAGGAGGACUGGGUUUUCCUUACAAGGUUCUGCUUCCUCACUGACUUUGGUCGACUGGACUUCCGGUUCCGUUACCCAAAGUCACGCUGCUGCCAGAACAUACUGCUGUACUUCGACGACAACUCUCAGUGGCCCGCUGUCUACAAGAGGCCCGAUAAGGACUGUUACCAGAAGGAGGCAGUGUUGAGGCCAGAGAAUAACCAGGUCAUCAAUCUGACCACUCACUACACGUGGUCGGGCUGCGUGGUGGAGGGCGAGGGCGACGAUGAGACCCUCAGCUGUGUGGGUGGGCGGAGCUUCCGCUCGGUCAGGGAGAGGUGGUGGUACAUCGCUCUCAGCAAGUGUGGGGGAGACGGCCUGCAGCUGGAGUACGAGAUGAAACUGACCAAUGGGCAGUCCUUCUGGACCCAGCAUUUCUCAGCAGACGAGUUUGGAAUCCUGGAGACGGACAUCACCUUCCUCAUCAUCUUCGCCAUCAUCUUCACUCUCUCCUGCUACUUUGCGUACACUCUGAAGGGGAGACAGCUACUCCAUACCACCUACAAGAUGUUCAUGACUGCUGCUGGAGUAGAAGUCCUCAGCCUGCUGUUCUUCUGUAUUUACUGGGGCCUCUACGCCAGGAACGGAGUGGGAAAUGGCAGUCUCAAGAUCCUGGGGAAAUUACUCUUCUCUGUCAGUUUCCUGGUCUUUCUCUUGAUGCUGAUCCUCCUGGGGAAAGGAUUCACCGUCACGAGGGCCAGGAUCAGCCACAGUGGCUCUGUCAAGCUCUCCAUCUACAUGACCGUCUACACCAUCACCUAUGUCAUUCUCUUCAUAUAUGAGGCAGAGUUCUUCGAUCCAGGCUGGGUGCUGUAUGCCUACGAUAGUCCGGCAGGGUACGGUCUGAUGGGCCUGCAGCUGCUGGCCUACGUGUGGUUCUGCUACGCCGUGCUGGUUUCCCUUAAGCACUACCCUGAGAAGCAGCCCUUCUACAUUCCAUUCUUCACCGCAUACACUCUCUGGUUCUUCGCAGUGCCCGUCACGGCUCUCAUCGCCAACUUUGGGAUCCCCCGCUGGGCACGGGAGAAGAUCGUCAAUGGCAUCCAGCUUGGCAUCCAUCUCUACGCCCACAUUGUAUUCCUUGCCAUCACGCGGCCCUCAGCUGCCAACAAGAACUUCCCAUACCACGUUCGGACGUCCCAAAUUGGCAUCCUGCUGUCCAGCCCCGAGGGGAUAGGGGGCGAGAGUUUUCCUCACCAUGCCUAUGGGAACAGCUCUUUCCUGGGAGACUCGCAGCCCAAUUUCACCGAGCUUUUCUCCAUCCAUUCGGGUACGGUGAAGUCAGUGGACGAGACAGUGGCCCAGAAGGGACAAGCCGUACAAAGGAACAGCGAGCAUAAAAUCAUCACCACGACAGCCGAUCUCUCGUCCAUCCUGCCCCCACCUCCGCCGCCAGCACCCUUACGUGUCUCCUCCCGCUCCCCUCCACCUUCCAGACUCUCCUCUCACUUCCCCGAGUACUUCAGCAUGCAGGGAGGUGGCGGGAUGGGAUCGAAAGCAUAAAAACUAAGAAUGAGGGGGAGUGGGGCACGAGCAUGUAAGUGGACCUCGGUUAGAAAAACGAGAUCAACGUAAGGAUAGAGUAAAACGGGGGGAGGAGCCCGAAUUAAUAGAAGCGUAGCAGAUGGUGAAGGUUCCAGGUAGGAAGGAAACACAGGAACCAUAUCAGCAGCGAGGAGAGGUUUUUAUAAGAGGAUGAAAAAAGCAAUAAGUAUUUUCUUAUAAGCAGAAAGUGAUCUGAAGGGAUACGGUCAUGGGGAGGGAGGGAAGGAAGGAGACGUCUGUUGGGGAGGAGGAUUUUGAGGCCGGCGGUUAACAUCAGAUCGGG